GGAGAACUUUAUCAAAUUUUUGUCUUUUUAAGAGUUACAGCUAUUAUUAUAUGUAAAGUAUAUGAAAUAAAUGCAGUAUGGAGCAUUCUGUGAGAAUAAAGUACUUUAAUACAAACAAACUUGUUGAAGACUGCAUUUCAAGCUCCACAACUUGGGAAAAGAUUGUUAAAGGAUGCCCUGGAUUAAAUCGUUUUAAAUACCUAGAUGAAGAAGGAGAUCUCAUUAUGGGAACAACAGACUCUGAAUGGAGUGCUGCAAUUGCUGCAGUGAAAAAGUCCAAAUCAUGUAUAUGUUUAUUCCCUAAAGGUAUUGAUAUACUUGUGGAAGGAGGACAAUUUACUUUUCGAUAUUCAACAAAACCUACUUUAGUUAAUGGAAUAAAUGUCUCAGCAGAUAAAAAGUGUGGCAAAGAUUUAGUUUGUCAAAAUAUUCAGAAUAUGCACAUUGAUGAUCCAAUAAAUUUUGCUCCUGUAGUAAAUCCAACUCUCAGUCAAUUCAAAUACUCAGGAGAGGCUCUGCGUGCAGUUGAGUUACCUUUAGGAGCAUUAGGUGGUGGCUGCAUUUCAAUUGGUGGUGAUGGUGGCUUAAGACAAUGGCAGAUUAAUAACAGAGUUGCACAUGACGCUCAUGCUCCUAAUUCUUUUUUUGCUAUUAAGAUUGGUAAUUCUGCUGUAGUCUUGCAGUCAGAUGAACUUUAUGAUGAUUCAAAGUUUCACCCUUCACCAUACAUUACAGAUCACUUUAUACCAGGUGCAUCAAGAGAUUUGUUAAAAGAACUACCUGGUGUAAAGUCUAUUGAGAUCACUGCUAAAUUUCCUGUUGUUGAAGUUGCUUACACUGAUGAUAAACUGAAAGGUUUUGAUGUACAUCUUGAAGCAUUCAGUCCUAAAGUGCCCUUAGAUUCAACUGCAAGUUCAGCUCCUGUUAUUAUUUAUGAGUUUUAUGUCAAGAACACAACCAAAGAUGAUGCAGAGGUCUCAUUAUUAAGCAGUCUACAAAACAUUGCAGGAUGGGAUUGCUACACACCAAUUACAAACCAAGUGUAUAACAGAAACUAUGGUGGUAAUACAAACUCAUUAUACACUGUUGGAUCAUUAUAUGGUAUUGACAUGUCUAAUGUUUCUUUGAAAGAUCUUGAUGCCUUUAAUGGGCAUGUUUCUAUAAUGGCUUUAAGUCAAUCUGGUGAUAAUAUGUCCACCAUGCUCCAAUAUAGUGAUGUAAAAGAUCUUUGGAAUAAUUUUAUUCAGUUUUCAUCAUUACCUGGUCAGGGAGAGACAGGUACAUCAAAAGUAGGACAAACUUAUUGUGGUGCCAUAAAUAUGAGCAGAAAAGUUCCUGCUGGUUCCUCUACUACUUUUACAUUCCUGCUGGGAUGGCAUUUUCCAAAUAGGUACAAAGACUGGGAUCCUUUUGUCAGCAUCCCUAAUACACCAAUGUAUAUAGGUACUCACUACAGCACUGUUUGGAAAACCAUUAUUGAUGUUAUAAAUUAUACAGUUACCCACUUGGCAGAUCUUCGCAAACUUACUUACAAUUUUCGUGAUAGUAUGUUUAACUCUACAUUACCAUGGCAAUUGAUUGAUAGCGCUGCUGGUAGAGUAUCAGUUUUAAAUUCACAAACAUUCAUGUGGCAUAUGGAUGGAUAUAUGUAUGCAUUUGAGGGUUGUUAUAAUUCAGCUGGUUCAUGUCCACUUAAUUGCACUCAUGUGUUGACUUUUGAAAUGGCACUUGCAUUUUUGUAUCCAGACCUUGAAAGGACAAUGCGUGAGAUUGACUUGCUUUUUCAAAUUACUCCACAUGGUGUAGUACCAAGUCGUAGUCCAUGUCCACUUGAAUUGCGACGACUUUGGACAACAUGGGAAAACUACUCUACUGAUCCUGCUUCAUGUAUGAUCUGUGUUGAUGGAGAAUUAGGAACAGUUCUUAAAACUUACAGAGAGAUUCGUCAAGGUGCAUCUAAAAGUUGGUUCAAUACAGUUUGGAAUCCAAUUAAAUUACUAAUAAAUCGAUGGCUUGAUGUUAUGGACACUGAUAAAAAUGGAAUGAUAUAUGGUCCGCAGCCAAAUACUUAUGAUGUUGCAACAUAUGGGUAUUCAACGCUGAUUGGUUUGCUCUAUUUAUGUGCAUUGAGGGCUACUGAAGAAAUGGCAAAACUUCAAAAUGAUAUAAAUUUUGCCAAAGUUUGCAGAGAUCGCUUUAAUCUUGGUACUGUUAACUUAGAUAAAGCUUGUUUUACCAACGGAAAAUGGUAUACACAUGUCAUGGACCCUGCUCAUCCAUUUAAUGUUUUAGGAAGCUGUACAUUUAUUGGUGGGAUGUACGGACAAUGGUGGGCUCACAUUCUCAAUCUUGGUUACUUACUACCACAAGAACAUAUUAAGUCACAUCUAAAAUAUACUUAUACAAGAAACUUUGUUCCAAGUUUUGAUCCAAAAACUCAAUCUCCCAGAGCAUUUUGUGAUCAAAGAGACAGUGGAUGGGUUAUAGGUGUAUGGGAUGAUGGCACAAAACCAGCUAACCCUUUAUAUUAUUCAUCAGAGAUUGCAUGGAGUGGCGUAAUUUAUCCAUUUGCUGCUAUGCUUAUCGAGGAAGGUUUGACUAAAGAAGGUUUAGAUGUUCUUGAAAAGACACGUUAUUUUUAUGAUGGUACCCGACGUAGCCCCUGGAAUGAAAUUGAAUGUGGUGAUCAUUAUGCUCGUCCAUUGUCAAGUUUUGCUCUUUUUCACAUUGCAAGUGGUCAGAACUGGUCCUACACAAAUAAAGACAAUGUACGUCUUGGAUUUCAUCCAAAAUUAAAUGCAGAUGACUUUUGUGGAUUUUUUGUAUUAGGAACUUGUUGGGGUACAUACAAACAACAGCUAAAUAGAUUAAGAAACAAUGGUUGUGCUGAGUUAAAAAUUGCAUAUGGAGAAUUGAAACUCAGUCAUUUUGAACUGAGUGUUCCUUUUACAAAUGCAAAUGUCUCAGUUGGAACUACACCUUAUUCUACAUGUGUUAAUAUGAUUGAGACAAAAACGGUCUUAACUUUCGAAAAGGUAAUUACUUUGCGUUCUGAUGAUGUGUUGACGAUUGACUUCAUGAGGUCUUGAAAAGUCAUUAAUUAUAUUUAAUUUAAUUUUUUUUGCUUUGCAAUUUUAAAAAAUUUUUUAUACUGUUUUUUAUAACUUGGAUAUUAUUAAAUACUUUCAACAAUACUUUCAAACAAUUGUAACUUUAUUUGUCGCAUUAUUCUAAAUUUAAAACAUAUGUACGUAUUUGAUAUUUGAUUUGGCACCAAAAGCCGCACUCACACUUUAAUAUAAUUUUUUAUUGAUAUUUUUAAAUUUAAAUAAAAUAUAUAAAAAAUUGGUUUUUGUUAA